AGAUAAUAAACCCUUGAGAGAGAGAGAGAGAGAGAGAGUGAGCGAGAGAGAGACAGAGAGAGUGAUGAAGAAGCAGCGGAGGUGAAAGAUGAAGAAAGUGGCAUCAAUGGGUCUUCCGGCAUCGACAAUAUUUCCGUCAACUUCGAAGUUCCGGAUUAAGAAUUUCCAAGGCCAACCCUUUGAACUCCGAAGGUCCUUGAGACUAUGUGCACAUCGCCAAACCUCCCCCACAUGUUCUAUGAAAGUAUCAAUGGCAGAGUUCGGUGAACCAAAGAAGGUCAAUAUGCAGAUCAGUAUUUUGAGGGAAAAGUUAUGGGAAGCCAUCCCUGACUCAGUCAAAGAAAUUCCAUGGAAGAAAGCAGAGAAAAUACUGAUUGAGCGGUUACUUUUCCUGGGACAGAAGGCAUUAAAGUGGACACUUAUUAUUCUAUUUGUUUUUAGCUCCUUAUCGGAUGUCAUAUUUUCCAUCUCAAGAAACCAAGAACUGAUGAUUCCGCUUGGUCUCUUUGUUGGCUGCUUGAUGACUGAUUUCUUGAAAGAGAUAUCACGGGAACUGUUUCGCAACUCAGAGGAGAAAGGUUUGAACUGGCAAUUUAUGGGCAUCGGUUGCUUCUUAGUGCUUAUUAAGUUUCUCUCUGCAAAUCUCUUGAUACGAGCAAGGUUGUUUGUUUUACUUGUUGCAAACGGUGGGUUGAUGCAACUUUUGUGGCUGUGGAGAAGCUUACCAGAAGAGAGAGAGAGAGAUAAAAGCAACGGACAAAGAUCUUAAUCCAAGAGCUUUAUUCAGAGAACCAAGUUUUGGAAUUAUCUAGUGUACUAUUUUUCCCUUGAGAAGUGGCUUAGACCAUUUUCUCUUUAUUAGUUUUGAUUCUGGCCCGUGAUUUGUACAUGUAUCGGCUGGGGUUGUACAAGAGGGACCGUGUUAAAGAACAAAUAAAGUGCUCCAUUUGUUAAAAAAAUUUGUUUUCUGUCUUUUUGUUUUAUGUCA